AGACUAUUGACGCUACAACUACUAUAUUUCUUUUAAUUUCUUAAAGUUCUUAAAAAAAAUCAUUUUUAUAAACAAUCUCUAAAAAAAAAUGAAACGACCAUUAAAACGUUGCAAUAUCAAAAGUACUUCCUUAGUUAUAAGUGUACUAUUGUUGUUAUAUUUAGUUUUCUCUAGUGGUUAUCAUAAAUACGAAAUAGAUGGUGUUAUCAAAAAUUCUAGACCGGAAGAUGUUUGGAAUUAUGUGGCUGAUUUCAGUAAAAUGAGACUAUUAAAUCCUACUAUUUUAAAUUUUAGAAUUUUAUCGGAUAGUGGUCAUACACAUGAUUGGCGUUAUACUGUUGAAUAUACAGAACGUUUGUCUCAUUGGCCAUAUUGGGCAAAUACAGCUAGAGCCAAUUAUAUUGUUGUUAAAUCAUUGCCACAAGUCAAACCCGUAGUGUAUUCCAUAAAGUCCAAACAUGAAACAUGCUUUUUUAAAGGCCUAUACUGUUUACAUGCCGAAAGUGAAUUUAAUUUUGCUGCCCAGUCCAAUAAUACUUACUGCAGUGAGAAAAUACACUAUGAAUGUCCCCCCUUCUUGAGCUCAGCCUGUAAACGUGAAUUGGAAUAUCAACGUAAGGCGGUUAUGCAUAAUCUCACCAUAAUAUUUAGUAAAAAAUAUUAAAUGUAUACAUAUAUCUAAAUUUCCAACAUAAGUAUAUAUGUUUGUGUUUUAUUUUUACUAUAAUAAUAUUUUUAUUAAAUUCAACAAAAUAUUUAAAGAUAAAAUUUUAUAUAAUGAUAUA